GGCAGUCGGAUGCGUGUUGGUGUUUGUGCAGUGAGGUGGAUCGAGAAAAAGUGACGAUUUUUCUGAUUUUUCGUAAAAAUUAUUGAGAAAAACUCAUAACUUUUCUUAAAACUAUCAAAGAUGAGUGCGAAUACACUAGUUACGCUAUAGUAACCCGGUUUUUCGCGAGUUAGCUUACUGUGAUUGCAUUUGCAAAAUUUACCUUGCAAAAUCGAACGAAAGACAAGAUAAAGGGUAACAAAAAUAGAAGCAGCAGUAGCAGAACGGUGCGACACCAGCAUAGGGCGGUAGCAAUCGCGCAGACGAACAUUUUGGAGGAAGGUCGGUUAGUUAGCUGAGUGCACAAAAUAGUAUAUGGAAAAAUAAAAUUCGACAUAAUUUUUUAUAUUUCGCAUUCGAAAAGUUUUACAUAUAGAAAUUUCAAUGCAACGACGCUACUGAGGAAACCGCGAAAAUUGCAUUUUCGAGAAUUGCUACCUGGAGUUGGUCGUGGUGUUUUGGGCUUGUCGUUGACAAAAACGCUAAGAUAGACGCGGUGUGGGGUUGGGCUUCUGCCCCGCUGCGUUUAGCGGCGAACAGGAUGGGCGAUCCAAUGCUUCCAGGCGCAGCAGGAAGUGCGGGCGCCUCCACUGGCGCCAUUGAUCGGCCACCAUCACCGGCACGACUUUCGCACACCUCGGAGAAGCACCCCAAAGUUACAUUAUCCGAGUUGAAUAUGCUCCGACGCCAUCGCGAACUUUGCGAUGUUGUACUCAAUGUUGGAGGUCGUAAAAUAUUUGCCCAUCGUGUUAUACUUUCCGCAUGCAGUCCAUACUUUCGCGCCAUGUUUACCGGUGAAUUGGAGGAAUCACGACAAACUGAAGUGACCAUACGCGAUAUUGAUGAAAACGCCAUGGAGCUACUCAUUGAUUUUUGUUACACUGCUCAUAUCAUUGUUGAAGAGUCCAAUGUGCAGACAUUGUUACCGGCCGCUUGUUUGCUGCAGUUGGUCGAAAUUCAGGACAUUUGCUGUGAAUUCCUCAAGCGCCAAUUGGAUCCAACAAAUUGCUUAGGCAUACGCGCUUUUGCCGAUACGCAUUCAUGUCGUGAACUUUUACGAAUUGCCGACAAAUUCACACAACACAACUUCCAAGAGGUAAUGGAGAGCGAAGAGUUUUUGCUGCUACCAGUCGGACAACUUGUGGAUAUCAUUUGCAGUGAUGAAUUGAAUGUUCGUUCUGAGGAGCAGGUUUUCAAUGCAGUCAUGUCUUGGCUGAAAUACAAUGUUGCUGAUCGGCGUCAACAUUUGGCACAGGUACUGCAACAUGUGCGCUUACCGCUAUUGUCACCGAAAUUUCUGGUCGGUACUGUUGGAUCAGAUUUAUUGGUGCGCUCAGAUGAAGCUUGUCGUGACCUCGUUGAUGAAGCAAAGAACUAUUUGCUCUUGCCACAAGAACGUCCACUAAUGCAGGGCCCUCGUACGCGCCCACGUAAACCUACCCGUCGUGGUGAAGUUUUGUUCGCUGUAGGGGGUUGGUGUUCAGGUGAUGCCAUUGCCUCCGUUGAACGAUUUGAUCCACAAACGAAUGAUUGGAAAAUGGUUGCACCCAUGAGUAAACGACGCUGUGGCGUCGGUGUUGCUGUACUCAAUGAUCUGUUGUAUGCUGUUGGAGGACAUGAUGGGCAAAGUUAUUUAAAUAGCAUUGAGCGUUAUGAUCCGCAAACCAAUCAGUGGUCUUGUGAUGUGGCGCCAACCACCUCCUGUCGCACCAGUGUUGGCGUAGCCGUGCUUGAUGGGUUUUUAUAUGCUGUUGGCGGGCAGGAUGGUGUCCAGUGUUUGAAUCAUGUUGAACGCUACGAUCCUAAGGAAAAUAAAUGGUCUAAGGUUGCACCAAUGACUACGCGCCGUUUGGGUGUGGCUGUUGCCGUACUGAGCGGUUAUCUCUAUGCAAUUGGUGGCUCUGACGGUCAAUGCCCACUGAAUACCGUUGAACGUUAUGACCCAAGGCAAAAUAAAUGGUGUGCCGUCAAUCCAAUGUCUACACGUCGUAAACACCUGGGUUGUGCUGUUUUCAAUAACUACAUUUAUGCUGUCGGUGGGCGUGAUGAUUGCAUGGAGUUAUCUUCAGCUGAGCGCUAUAACCCGCAUACAAAUACAUGGAGCCCCAUCGUAGCGAUGACCUCGCGUCGCAGCGGUGUUGGAUUGGCUGUUGUAAAUGGGCAACUAUAUGCCGUUGGUGGUUUUGAUGGCUCGGCCUACUUAAAAACAAUUGAAGUUUAUGAUCCCGAAACAAACCAGUGGCGUUUGUGUGGCUGUAUGAAUUACAGACGUUUAGGUGGUGGCGUAGGUGUAAUGAGAGCACCGCAGACUGAAAACUAUAUGUGGAUACGUAAAGAUUCCGUUGUUUGAUUGAAUCCAGAGGUGUGUUAUUAUUGAAGCCGGAGCUACGUCGUAACUAUUGUGCGUUGCUACGGCACAUUUUAAGGCUUUUGAGCUUAUACUAAAUUUAUGAUAAGCAAAGUAUAUAGAAAACUACAACCAUAAAAACAAAUCGAAUAAACUAUUUAAAACUAAUUAAUUAUAUAAAACCUAUUGCGCAUGAAUUCCAUUUACAACAGAUCAGAUGAAAUGCAUUGUUUGCCGCUUGCCUGUGAUGAUAAUGUGGAUUUUGGAUUUGGGCGAGAGGCACUUGUGCGCUUAGCCAAUAAUCACUUUGUAAAAUUUUUAAUAAAACAUUUCCACAUAGUUGUUUUAAACAGCUACAUGUCCCGUGCGCUGUAAUCGCAAUUGAAAAAGAGAAAAAAAAAAAAACAAAUCGUUGCUUAUACAGUGCACGGGACACGCAAAAAAUAUUUAUUUGUAAUCGAAUAAAAUCGCAAUACCAUAAGAAAAUUAUGAAUGGAAUAAAUUAAAUUAGUUUUAACGAAGUUAAACGAAAAUAAGCGUAUAUAAAAAUUAUAACUGCCUUCUAACUGCAAAUAACGAGAAAGAAAGAAAAUUUGUUAGUUUUAAUUAAGCACAUGAUCAGUAUCCAUGCGAAAAAAAAUUGCGCUAGUGGUUAAAAGAGUUUAGGUUAUUCAUUAUGCGUUUAUUUUUUUGUUUUUAUUUAUGCACUAUUUGAGAUAUAUUUGUAAUGCUAAAAUGAAAUUGUAUGUAAAUGCAUUGUAAUUUUUGAAGUUCUUUACUAGUAUUUUUUUUUUAAAUGGUUCCUUGUAAAUUUACUAUUUUUCAAUUCACUCGCAUAAACCCCUGCCGGUAGGAUUUAGUAAUGAAAAACUUUGCAGUGAAAUAACAUUUAUUUUGAAAAAAAAACUUUUUCACUUUAUAAUUCUUACGUCUUCUUAUUUCACAACUAUUUUCAAUUAUUGCAAUACCUUAAUACCACUGGCCAUUGGUUUUUCAUGCCAUACCAUACAAUGACUGAGCUAGACUCGUCAUUUUGCCGGAGGGGGUUAAAAGCGUAUCAACAAUUUUAGCUCUACUUCAGUCAGUCUAAUUUUGUACUAUUGUUUCUUCAACCGAAUCACCUAAAAAUGAACCUGAAACUUGCACCUUCCACUCAUAGGAAUAAGCUAUUAAAAAUAUGUUAACAAUUAAUUAAAGAAAAAAUGCAAACAAUAAAAAAUUGUAGCAGCCUAAGAAAAGAGAACCAAAAAUUUAAAUGUCGAGAAAGUAAAAGAGAUAAUUGAUAAAAAGUAAUUAUGUCAAUGCAUGUGUGGCAUUCUGCUUGAUUUCCGCAGCUAUUUAGUUGCACUCAUGUAUUUACACAUAUACAUAUUUUGUAUGUGCGCAUAAUUUAUCUAUUUUACUUUUGUGAAAGGCCUUUGUAAGAUUAAGUUUAUUUUAGUGAUUCUGUUUUUCUUUUUCUGUAAUGAAUUGAUAUAUUUAGGUAUGUAAUAUAUAAAAAUAUAUGUAUAUGUAUGUACGUCGGCAUAUCUGUGUAAGCAUGCAUCGCAUGUACAUGCAUGUAUGUAUGCGUACGUGUAUUUGAAAACUUAUGAACAUUGUUCUUUGAAGCAAUUGCUGGAAAUAAAAAUGUUGAUAAAUUAAGAGAUUAUUAUAUGCAAAACAAAAAGAAAUGAGCGUUGGCAACAACUCUAGAUUGAAUUGCAAUUGAGUUCUACUGUGAAAAUAUUAUCUAAUACUAAUGGACAUUAUUAUUGAAUGCGCUCAAUAAAUUAAUGACUAAUA